AUGGGACCCAAACGCUCAGAAAAUGCUGCUAAAGGGAAUAAGGCAUCUCUAGCUAGUAUUAUUGUAACAAGCACGACUGGCGCUGGUGGAACGACAGCAGAACAAGAGCAACAACAACAACAACUACAGCAGCAGCAACAGCAAUGCACAGGAAAGUUUGCUGCGGAUAUCGAAUUAUGCUGUCGCGAACCAUCACUAGGCUAUCCGGUACCGAUUCCUGUUUUCAUCCGUGGCCAUUCACUUCCAGCGCCGCCUCCACCACCACCACUUGUUCUACAAAAUUCAUCGAAUCCCUCUCAGAGUCAAUUACAACAACAACAAUAUCCAUCUGCGGGAACUCUUUCGGGAAUGUCCGCAACUCCGUCCGUCAUCGGAGGAAUUGCUGAUGAUCAAAUGUCUGUAACUGGAAAAAAAACAUCUCGAUCCAGAUUACCUUCAAUUGGUCAAAUUGGAGUCCUUAUUGGAAUAACUGGCACCGAUAGUGACAGCAGACCAGCUAGUGCUACAGUACCAGAACCAACAAAAGUCGCUCCAUCACCUUACAAAACCUUUCAAUUAAUCGAUGAUAGUGAAUUCUUUCGACCGAAAUUGUUAGUCGACUCUGUCGGCAGUGAAACAGAACCGAUCGAUCAAAUAACAGCCCUUUAUAUUCGAGACUGGCAACUUGAUCAACGUUUUAUCGAAAUUCUAAAACGUGUUCUUCCUUUACAAGAACAAUUACACGUCCUGAAUUUCUGCUAUGUUGGUCUCAAUCAACAAACAACCAUCGCAUUGGUCGAAUUAUGCCAAGGGAUAAAGAACCUAAAAUAUGUCUCUCUAGAUGGAAAUCCACAAGCAUCGGAUUAUUUUUAUCAUCUGAUCGAAAACGAUGAUUCAAAAAUUCUUCAUUUAUCCCUUCGUUAUUGCAAUAUGACAGACCUUGGCGUUGAAAGACUCGCUAACGCUCUUGGAAACAUGUCGAAACAAAAUUGGAAACUACUAACCCUAGAUUUAAGCGGAAAUAGAAUUGGCGAUAAUGGUGGAAAAUCUUUAGCGACAGCGUUACGAUACAACCGCACAUUAAUAUCUCUAAAUCUUUCUUCAAAUUGUCUAACCGAUCAAAGUGCAGUUCUGUUUGCAUUGAUAUAA